AUUCAAACAAUAAUCCUUAUUUGACUCUUUCCUGCUCCUUUUCACAAAAAAAAAAGAUGAAGUUUACUCUUGUCUCUUCUUGUAUCGCACUUGUUGUGAUGGCUAUGGCAGCUGAAGCUGCUCCUUCUGGCAAGAAACUUUCCGUUCCUUUGGUCAAAAAUGAAAACUACAAGCCUAAUGCUAAGGCUGCUGUUGCAAAGGCUAGAGCCAAGUAUCUCAAGCACAUCAUUAAGCCUCUUCAUGGUGUUCCUUCCAAUGUCACUACCGAUGGUACUGGUUCUGUUCCUGUCACUGAUUAUAGUAAUGAUUCUGAAUACUAUGGUGUUGUUGGUAUUGGUACUCCUGAACAAAAAUUCAAGUUGGAUUUUGAUACUGGUUCCAGUGAUCUUUGGAUUGCUUCUACCUUGUGCUCUUCUUGCAGCUCUCAAAACCAAUACGAUCCUAGUAGUUCCAGCACCUACAAGGCAGAUGGUCGCUCUUGGUCCAUUUCUUACGGUGAUGGAUCCACUGCUAGCGGUAUUCUCGGUACUGAUACUGUCAAUUUGGGUGGCCUCAAGAUCGCUCAUCAAACGAUUGAAUUGGCUAAGCGAGAAUCCAGCUCUUUCUCUAGUGGCCCCAACGACGGUCUUUUAGGUCUUGCUUUUGACACUAUCACUACUGUCUCUGGCAUCAACACACCUUUUGACAACUUGGUCGACCAAGGUUUGAUCUCUUCUCCUGUAUUUGGUGUUUACCUCGGUAAGGCCUCUAACGGUGGCGGUGGUGAAUACGUCUUUGGUGGUUAUGACUCUUCCAAAUUCAGUGGUAGCUUGAAAACUGUCCCUAUUGAUAACUCUCAAGGUUUCUGGGGCAUUACUGUUGACGGUCUUUCGAUUGGUGGUCAAGACGUGGCUGAUUCUUUCUCUGGUAUUCUUGAUACUGGUACCACUCUUUUCUUGAUGACGGAUGAUAAUGCUGAUGCUGUUGCUGAAGCUUAUGGCGCUACAGAUAACGGUGAUGGUACUUAUACAAUCAGUUGUGAUACUUCUAGCUUUGACCCUCUUGUCUUUACCAUCAAUGGCGCCACUUUUGAAGUACCUGGUUCUGACUUGGUCUAUGAAAAUGAUGGUAGUACUUGUUACGCUUCAUUUGGUAAAGGUGGCCUUGACCAAGCUAUUUUGGGUGACACUUUCUUGAAGAACAACUAUGUCGUCUUUAACCCUGAAGUUCCUCACGUUCAAAUCGCUCGUAUUUAA